AUGUACAGAAUAGAUGUUUCAGAUUUUUAUGACUUCCAAGCAUUCAGAAAUAUGUGUCCAUUUAGAGACUAUAACAAAGCAGUCGAGAAUUUGAAACGUUUAGUCAUUUAUGUUGACUCUGCCCCAGAAUGUUAUGUCAUGAAAGAAUGGGAUGUUGUCUUUAACAAACCAAGAGCAACAAUAGUGUCUGAACAAGAAUGUAGACAGAAACUUAAGAAAAUAAAAGUUGUACAAGUUGGAAGGAAGAUGUUAGAUGCUUGGGAUAUCUUAUUGUCAAAGUUAGAAGAUUUUUCAGUUCGAGGUAUAAAGUUCUAUACACCUUCUCCAAACUUCUAUUCUAUCUUCACUGGAUAUAAAUACGAACAAGUAGAAUGGACUUUCAAAGUUAAAGCUCCAGAGGAUCAUAAUAAGACAAAGUUACUUGUUGUUGUUGAGUUCGCCGCCAAUCAUACAUCCGAGUUAGGUACCGGCAAUGUUACAUAUUCUCCCACAGUCUCCACACCAGUUAUCGAUAGAGUUCAAUACAACAAUGGCACAGGAGUAACUUCAGGCACUUCAUACUCAGCCAAAAUCAUACUCAAAACAGGCUUAAAUAUUACAAAGACAUAUUAUCUCUUUGCAACAGAAAGCAACGCUUCCAACGCCUCUGUCAAUAGCGUCAAAACAUCACAAAAUGUUAGCACUGCAACAGCCGUAGCAAGCACGAACAAGACAGAAUGGACUUUCAAAGUUAACGCUCCAGAGGAUCAUAAUAAGACAAAGUUACUUGUUGUUGUUGAGUUCGCCGCCAAUCAUACAUCCGAGUUAGGUACCGGCAAUGUUACAUAUUCUCUUGGAAAGUCUCCAUAUUUAUCUGCGCCAACUGUUGUUGCUGAAAAUCAUACAGAACCAUUCAAGGCCGGUGAAUAUAUUCCAGUUAAAGUUACAUUACAACACUUUGAGGCAAAGACAGGAAGCUUCCAAUAUAGAUUCUAUGCAGAUCAGAAAUGGAUAGAUCUCCCAGACGACAAUGUAACUGAAGUAGAAACCCCAUCUGCAAUUAAGAAAUUACAUGCCGACGAAGGCAAAACAUAUCUACUCAACAUUCCAGCUCCAAAGUAUGAAGAUAUCAAAGAAGAUGGGAAAGUUAAACUUCAAAUUAGGUUAGCUGGAUCCAAAGAUCAAGCUCAAUCCAAUAUCAUUGAAACAGAGGUUUCACUUCAGAAACAACAAUACGUUGCACCAAGCCCUGAUGAUUCCAAGCCAACUCCAACACCUGAAAAUAGUGGACUUACUGGUGGACAGAAGGCUGGUAUUGUUAUUGGCGUUCUUCUUGCUGUUAUCCUUAUUAUUCUCAUCAUCUACUUCGUUUUCUGCAGGAAACCAUCUAAAGAUAAAUCAUCAUCUGAUAUCCAAGAUGAUUCCGGCUCCGGUGUUAAUGUGUAA